AAACAUGAUGAAGGACACAUAGUGCUUGUGGCAAGCAGGUUGACAAAAAAUAGAACAAAAGCCCACAAACAUGUAAAGGAAAACUUAAGAAUAUUCUUUAAGAAGGCUGGAGAACUAUUCCUGAACAACUAAAAAAACGUAUUUGUCUUUCAAUACACUUCUGUACCCAUUUCACAUUUAAUAUUUCUUGUGGCGAAAUGUAAAGGAAUGAGGAGUGGCUCAAGACUUUUGCACAGUGCUGUACUACAGGACCACAUAACCUGUGAGCUGUAGCCAAAAGUGAAAGUUUAAAGAGAAAUGAAGUCAAGUUUGAACAAGUAGUGAGGCGAUGAUUGGCUGAUCAGCAAACCGAAGGCAGAUCACCCCGCCUACUGUGAGGCGAUAUAAAAGCAGGAGUCAGAGUAAACCACAACACUGGACGGACUUGUUGAAGAUAAGAAACAGUUUGCAAAUGAAAGGAGAGGAGGACACUGCUGGAGAAGAUGAUCUGCAGGAUCCUGCUGCUCAUCAUCCUCACCUCAUGUGUCUCUGGAUCAUUUGUAGUCAAUGUGACACAGACCUGCUAUCAGGCAGAGGAGAACCACAACAUCACACUGGAGUGGACGUUCACCACCAAACCUGACAGAUCCUGGACCUACAUCUUCAUCCUCUGUAACCUGAUAACUGAGGAUAACGUCUCAGUCCUGUAUCAGGUUCAUGAAGGUGUUGAGGUGUCAGAGUCUCAGGAUGAAAAGUUUUCAGGACGAGUCCAGAGUGACAAAGACGCCCUCAGAGAAGGACGAAUCAGACUUCAACUGUCCAGACUCAGGACUGAUGACUCGGGUCUGUACCUGUGUGAGGUGAACACUGAUUAUGGCUUCAGUGUUGGAAGAUGUCGACUCAACGUCACUGCAGUGCCAGAUUGUCCCGAAUGUGAGAGAAAACUGGACACAUCAAACACAGAAACUCAACAAUUCACAGGUGUCUACUGUGGACUGUCAGCAGUUGUGCUACUUUUCGGCUGCUCUUCUUUCAUUUACUCUCUGCAUAGAAAACAGAAUUUUUACUCAAAGCUCAGUGAUGCAUGUCAGUCAGUUUCCAGAUGAUCAGUAGAAACAGUCUGACCAAUAAUGUGAAUGAGUGUUUAAUAAGACAUGUUUUACUUUAAGUGCUCUUUGCAAGCGAUACAUGUAAGGCUAGAAAUCGAAAAAUUCAGAGUCAAUCUUUUUUUAAAUGACAUUUAAAAUGUCAUGGUCAUGAAAUACAAGCUCUGAUGUAUUUCAGUAUACAAACCUUCAAAGUUGUAUUUUGCACAGGUGAUAUUAAACUGUCAAUGGUGAGACGUCCCUUUUCCCAGAGUUGAACACCAUAAAGGUAAGACUCAUAUAAGCUAAAAACUCCAAUAUUUAAAUGAAAUCUGUUUAACAUCCUGAUGGAUGUACUCAUGGGGGUUCAAAGCUGAUAAAAACUGCAUUUUAAUUGUUAUUUAACAGACAGUGCAUUAGGACACAUGCUGGCCAGAGAAUAAGUGUCAUGAUGCACAAUAAUGGACAUCAAAUUGAUUUUUUUUAUCUUCGUUUUUUUGUUUGUUUAUUUGUUUAAGACACAUUAUCAGAUUGUCACUCAUCAGACAGAUGAUGAAAUGUGCACUGUGUUCACUUUACUGUAAUCAUACAGGGAAACACCUCUACCUCACGCACCACAUGCAGCAGAUAUAAAUUCAGUGUUUAAUGUGUUUACUGUUGUAAUGUUGAAAGGAUUCAGAUUAAUUAUGUUAACAAUGAAGAUGAUCUGACGUGUUGUAAACUGUCAUGGAGUUGUGUGUAGCAAAGGACAUUAUACUUAAUAUUAUGUACAUAUUAUGUAAGUGCACACAACAAACAUCUCUGCAGGUUCACUUAUAUCUGUGUUAAAGUUGGAGUUAAACACAGCUGGUAGAGCUCCUGUAGCUCUCAGUCUAAUGUACAUAAAUGCCUGUUCCAAAAUCUCCUGAAGUAAAGGUUUAAUGACUUAUUUUGUAAAAUGAA